UCUGGCACCACUCUAGCCAGCGCUCUCGGUGGGCACCACCGCCAGCCAAUCACAGGGCGUACCGCCCGACCCCGCCCGUGGAUCAGCUGAGGGACCCGCGAUGUCUGUUGACAGUGGCGGCUGCAGGGCCGGCUCCGGGGUCCCCGCCGGGCGGGGGAUGUGAGUCCCAUGGAGCAGCCCGGAGACGACGAGCAGCCGCCACCGCAGCAACCCUGGGGGAGGCUCCUUCGCUUGGGUGCCGAGGAGGGCGAGCCGCACAUCCUACUGUGGAAACGGGAGUGGACCAUCGGACGGAGGAGAGGUUGUGACCUCUCUUUCCCAAGCAAUAAACUGGUCUCUGGAGAUCACUGUAAAAUUAUAGUGGAUGAAAAAUCUGGUCAGGUGACACUGGAAGAUACAAGCACCAAUGGAACAGUUAUCAACAAGCUGAAAGUUGUUAAGAAGCAGAUUUGCCCUUUACAGACUGGAGAUGUCAUCUAUUUGGUAUACAGGAAGAAUGAGCCAGAACACAAUGUGGCAUAUAUCUAUGAAUCUUUAAGUGAAAAGCAAAGCAUGACUCAAGAAUCCUUUGAAGCCAAUAAAGAAAACAUGUUCCAUGUGACCAAAGAUUCCUCAGGUCCAGGGUGGGGCAACCCCCAGGUCCCACCGUUGUCAUCCGUGACUCAGACAUGCUUAGAGGAACCACAGCCAUCAACAUCGACAUCAGACCUCUUCCCCACGGCCUCUACCUCUUCUAUGGAGCCAGAGCCGACCUCUGCAGGGCAAGAGCAUUCUUCCAGCUCUGGGUCUGAGAAUGCAGGUAUCUCCCCAAAAGGAUGUGGCCCAUUCUUUGCAAGUAAUGAACUCUCCAGCCUUUCUUCAGCUCUCCCAGACAGAGAAGAAGCAUCCUUUUCUUUGUUGGAACCCCAAGACCAUGAAGAAUUGGAACCUGCCAAAAAGAAAAUGAAAAGAGAUGGGGAGCUUGACUUGAAUCUACAGUUGUUGGUUGCAGACCAGUGUAGAAACACUCACACCACACAUGAGGAUGUCAGAGCUGCCACUGUGAAGCCAGACAAGAUGGAGGAGACACUAACCUGCAUCAUCUGCCAAGACCUUCUGCACGACUGUGUGAGUUUGCAGCCUUGUAUGCACACAUUUUGUGCGGCUUGCUACUCUGGCUGGAUGGAGCGCUCAUCCCUGUGCCCCACCUGCCGCUGUCCAGUGGAGCGAAUCUGCAAAAACCACAUCCUGAACAACCUCGUGGAAGCAUACCUAAUCCAGCACCCAGACAAGAGUCGCAGUGAAGAAGAUGUGCGAAGUAUGGAUGCCAGGAAUAAAAUCACUCAAGAUAUGCUGCAACCCAAAGUCAGGAGGUCUUUCUCUGAUGAAGAGGGGAGUUCAGAAGACCUGCUGGAGCUGUCAGAUGUUGACAGUGAAUCCUCAGACAUCAGUCAGCCAUACAUCUUGUGCAGACAGUGUCCUGAAUACAGAAGGCAAGCAGUGCAGCCCCUUCCUUGCCCAGUAACAGACAGCGAGCAGGGGACCCCACAGGCCCUUGGUGGGGAAGCACCAUCGACAUCUGCCAGCUUCCCAACAGCCACCCAGGAUUAUGUGUGCCCUUUGCAAGGAAGCCAUGCCAUAUGUACCUGCUGCUUCCAACCUAUGCCUGACCGGAGAGCCGAACGUGAGCAGGACUCCCGUAUUGCCCCUCAGCAAUGUACAGUAUGCUUGCAACCCUUCUGCCACCUGUACUGGGGCUGCACCAGGACCGGCUGCUUUGGCUGCCUGGCCCCUUUCUGUGAGCUCAACUUGGGGGACAAGUGUUUGGAUGGAGUGCUGAACAAUAACAACUAUGAGUCAGACAUCCUGAAGAAUUACCUGGCAACCAGGGGUCUGACAUGGAAAAAUAUGUUGACAGAGAGUCUCUUGGCACUUCAGCGGGGUGUGUUUCUGCUGUCUGAUUACAGAAUCACUGGAAACACCAUUCUGUGUUACUGCUGUGGCCUACGUAGCUUCCGAGAGCUGACUUACCAAUAUCGGCAGAACAUUCCUGCUUCCGAGUUGCCAGUGGCUGUAACAUCCCGUCCUGAUUGCUACUGGGGCCGUAACUGUCGCACUCAAGUGAAAGCUCACCAUGCAAUGAAAUUCAAUCACAUCUGUGAGCAGACAAGGUUCAAGAACUGAGUAUUGGAGGAGAAACACAGACAGCUGCAGAGCACAGGAGGCAAUGACACUAUGUUUUAAAAAAUACCACAUUACAAACACUUUAAGGGCAUUUUUACACUUCCCCCUAAGCAGCACUGGGGUCUCUGGUCAAGCACUCUGUCAUGACUUUUCCCUUGGCGGAGCUGUACCCUGAGUACACUCUCACAACAGUCUGGGAGGCCUACAAGCCUCCUAGUCAGUGCAGGAGGGUAGACAGACUGAGCCUCCCUCCAGACAACUGCCUCCUCCUGAGUGGUGGGCAGUGUCAGUGCAGGUUUGUAUUUUUGUACCUUUUCCAUGCAGUUGAAAUGGACAUCUCUUUUCAGGAAAAGUUUCAUGGGAGAAAGGGGCAGGUGGUGUAUCAGAAGCAUUCUGCGUAAGGAAAAGGAUCGUAAGCUUACAGUCUCCAGGAUGUACAGAAUAUUCCGCUGUCUGGAAAGCCACAGCCUUUUGUAUAUUUUUUAUUUUAAUAGCUUUGGUGCUUCUAAUAAGAUUUAAAUAUCAGAAACCAUAGCACAAAUAAUAUAAUUUAUAAUUUACAAAUUGACUAAUUGGGGAUAGUCUCAUAUAUGAAAGAAUGAGCAUAUGUUUCUGUUUAUUAAAAAUAAAUCGUCAAAUGUCAAAAACUGCUAACCUGGAGGUAGAUGUCUCAAGUGUCCAGAUCCCUGGCACAGGGCUGGUCACUACCUGCCAUCCAGCAGGGUGCAGCCCCUGCCCUAAGCCCUCCAGUCCCUGGGAACAGCUCUGUGCUGAAACCCUACGGCACUCUAGAUUGAUGGAGCCUCUGCUUCCCAGGCACCUUCCCUGGUACAUUAGGUUUGCAGUGUCAUCUGGAAUAAUACUUGAAAUUUUUUUUUUUUUAAAGAAACUUUUUUUAAAAUCUUUCAUUUUAAUCACCUGUUGUUUGUUUGCAUACUGGUAACUUUUUGCUUCUUCUCAGGAAUCCAAUUUUCAACUGUUGUCUUGCUCUUGAUACAAACUGAGAGGCAGCACUCUGUAUUAGUGGGAGAAAGUUCUUUUUUGAUUCUAAUAAACAAGCUGUGUUUGUUUCUCA